CAGGCGCAUAGUUGUCAUCAAGCAGCGACUUUUAGAAACGUCAAUUCUAGAAACUUCGGUGUGUCAUUUUAUUCACGCAAAGAAGGUGACAUACGUUGUCAUUCGCGCGAACGAUGGCGUAACACGAGCGUAGCGGGGGUCCCGAUCGAGAGGAGACAAAGAAAAAGAUCGAAGGAAAUUACUAUCAUUUGGGAAUCAAACGGAGUGCAUCGAAAGGUUUAGACGAAUAAAAACCAGAUUGCUUAGUCUAACGAAUAUAUCGAGAAAUAUCAUAAAAUCGGGUCGAAUUACUAACAAACUAAUUGUAUAAUAGUUAAAUAAUUUGUGGCGUGUUCAUUAUAUUAUUUUUAUAAUAUUGUCAAAUAUACAAGUUUACGUUAACCCUGUUAAUUCAGUGUUAAACUUGAGGCGGCUACGUUGUCCGUGAUAAUAGUAGCUGCUGGCGUACUGCUGUAUUUUCUUCCUAUUUAAGAAUCGUGGAAGAAAAAAUUGGACUUCGAUCGCCGGGAUUCGAUUCCUGGUUCCGAACGAUCAUAAUCUAAGACGCUAACCACUGUGCUGCCGUCGUCUGUUGCUAAUGUGUUAAACAUCCGAAGAAGAAAAACAACGCGUUGGAUAAAAUUAUUUGGAAAGUAACAGAAUGAGUGACGCUGAGGAGCAACAGUUGACAGAACAAUUCGAUUCAUUGAGUAUCGGUCAACCCAAAUAUACCAAAUGUAGUGGAGAAAAAAAGCAGCCAAAUAUCCAGAACUUAAACAAUGACCAGAAGGGAGCGUACCAUAAUAUAUGCGAAAAAUUAGAUCAAAAUGAUAACUCAGUUAUCAUGAUCAAUACUCCAAGCGGAACUGGUAAAACGUUCCUUCUGCGCACUUUGGCUAAAAACUACCAGAAAUCAGAGUUUAUUACAUUCCGGAAAGACCAGGCAAGUAAUAUUACAUCGGAGGGUAUACAGACGUACACGUUUGUGUCUUUUUGUAUGCAUCACUUUAAUCUACCGUAUCAUCAAGCAAUUCAAAUGUUUCACACGUCCCGUAAAAAUAUGAUUGAAGAACUUUAUAAGGUAAUCCUGUACUCUAAAAAAUUUGUCGCUGGAGACACAUCCGUUCUUAUUUUAGACAUAUACACUAUACCCCCACCGGCCAUGUUGAUUCUAUUAUACAUACUAUCCCUUAAACAUAAGCUGCACUUAAUUUUUGCUGGGGAUGCUUUGCAAUUAAGUUCUAUCAGUAAAUCUGUAUUUCAUAAGGAAAGUAAUUAUUAUAUUAUUCAGAUAUUGCAGAACUUGACAAUAAGUAAUUUAAAUAAAAACAUGCGAAUACAUGAUCCUGUGCUUCAAGAAAAAGUACAAAAUUUUUAUAAACUUCUGCAGCAAGUACAACUUGCUGGGAACGUUCCAUUGAAUUAUAACAUACGUUACUAUCUAUAUACUAUGUUUCAACCGCAAUAUCACGCUUCUGAGCGUUUUGAUACUAUUUACAUUGCUCAAACUCAUCGCAACAUUACAAGACGUUUAUAUCGCUACAUCCAUCAACUGAACUUGACUGGUACAACGUAUUAUGAAGCACCAUUUUGUUAUGGACUAAACAAAACCAAGUUUCCUCUUGAUAGUAGUAAUCCUGAUAGUCAUAAUUAUAAAUUUUUUCCCACCUUGCUGUUAAUAAGAGGAUGUAAAUAUAUAUAUAUUACUGAAAAAGGUAUCCAUCAUGUUGUUCGCUUGAAGGAUAUACUGUUUAAAGACAAUGAAAUUGAGAGUUUGAUAAUCCGUUUUUUGAAAGGUACAGGAGACGUUGAAACAAUUAAACGGGUUAAGCUUAAUUAUUAUCAGAUUUUACCAGAUUAUCGUAAUUGGUUAUGCAAAACCAGUAGAAUUGAUAAUAAAAAUGAUAUAUGGCAAUUUCCUUUACGUCCAUAUGUGCUGACAUAUCAUGCUACUGUAGGACGAACAAUCGACGAAGCGCCUGUAGAGCUUAGUGCCGAGUGUGUAUACGCUAAUUUCUUAUACGUUGGUCUUUGUUCUGUACGUCAGAAUUCCGAUAUUCAUAAAAUUCAUGAUGAACGAGAUCUGCCAGGAUAUUUGAUCACGAAGUAUAUGGAAACUCUUUCAGCAAAUGAAGACAGUAAAGAAUACUAUUAUCGUUGUGAUUUGACCAAAAGUGAAAUUGAUGAAUAUAUUGAUAAGAAAGACGGCAAGAAUCUAGAUAAUAUCAAAUGGACGACUAUGAAUGAUAUACAUAAUUUUGAGAAAAGACGAACAGGCUUUAUCCGCAUUAAACGUAGUGAAUACGAGAAGUCCAACAAAAAAGUAGAUACACCAUUCAUACAAAUUACAAAAUUUGUCAAAGAAAAUCGAGACGCGAUACUUCAUACAAUUGAAAUCUCACCUAUUAAAGAUUUUGACAAGUAUUGCAAAAAGGAAAAGAAAAAGAAGAAGGGGGAACAGCAACAAGAGGACGAAAAAUCAGAUGCAUUAUGUUACUUAUUUGAUGAAUACAAUCAGUGGUUUAAUAAAAAAGAAAAGGAUGAUACAAGAAACAAAGAAUGAAAAAGAUUUAAAAGAAUAAGUCUGUGUGCGAAUAUUAAAAAAAAUUCAUACUUUUAUAUUUUAUUUUGAUAUAUUUUCAUAAGAGUCUAUAUAUAUAUGUCAAAUUAUCAUUAGAAUUUUGUGUCGAAUUGUCAUUAGAAUUUUGGGUGCGUAUCAAUUCUUCAUUUGGAUUUACCAUUGUUUAACUUAACUAAAUUAUGUUACACCAAAAUUAUAUAACACGUAUAGAUAUGACUUUUACAAGGUUUAACCAUAAAUAAGUUUAACGAACGCUUUUAACAAUAUUCUUGUGUUCAAGCGAAUCCACGGUCAACGGGAAACUCUUUGUACAAUACAUUAUAUUUUCUCUGAAUUGCAAAUAACGUUAGCUGUGUCACUCGGUUUCUUCUAGACUGAUCACCCAAUAUCAGUAAACUCUCAAAGGAGAUCACAAUAAAAGGCUGCCUGAAUCUCAUUUGUCAAUUACAUGUUGAUUAGGAAUAUCAACAAAACUCCAGCCGCCAUUGCUAGGCAGUCCUGCAUAGAGCCGACAUUGCUUCUGGCCGGGGCUUGUCCGUUAAUACAGGGUGUCCCUUAAUAUCGGUACUUCUGUCACAUUAGAUGUUCAUCCCGUGACGUGGCUACGUUCAGCGAACAGUUGUGUCACCUCGAGCCCAAGUAUUCCAAAAGAAAUGCUCAAUGUCCCUACAUCUCCGACAUAUAUAUAGACUCUUAUGAAAAUCCGACAUAUAUAUAUAUGUCGGGUUAAGGUUAGAAUUUUGGCUGUUCUACGGAUCUUCACUCACUAACAUUGUCUAUCAGUCGUUUUGAACAGUAAAUUUUCGAUACAUUUACUGCACAUACGACCGACCGCGCGCGGUGAUGGGGACCAGUCGCCAGUUAAACGCCGCUAAUGCCUUCAAAUGGCCCUUUAAGUAGGGCCAUGAUGCAAAUGGGUUAUAAAUGCAAGAAUGAAUUAUGCGCAAGGUUCCAGUUCUGUGUCUGUGUUAAAAAUUUAAAUUUACAUAAACAUCUGCAAUUUAAUAAUUAUAUUGAGCCUUCAAAUUGGUGCUUCUUGAGUUACAUUCAUAACAUGUUGUAGAAUUAACACGUUGACGCCGGCCCUGAUAUUUAUGGUUUUCUCCGUGAGGCGACGCCCGGAGCACGGUCUGCUUCGUGGGGCGGCGCAAGUGUCAGAUUAGACUGACAAUUUUUCAACUUUGACCUCAAUUUAUAGCAAAAUUACAAAAGCUAUACGAUUCCUGUUGGGUUCAAUGAAUUCCGCGGACUUCAACUAAUACAUUGAUAUACAAUAGUUUAGCAAUAUCAAUUUGUAUGUAUCUAUAAAUGUUAAGUAAAGCUGACGGGGCUCUAAUUUUGUACUCUUUUCGAUUUUUCUAUAAGAAACGUUCAUAGCGCGAAUCGAAAAAUUUUUCAAUUCCGUACAGGAAAAAAAAUAGUCAUGCGUGUUCGUCGGAGAACGACGGCGCGCGGAAGGAACAUGCAUGACGAAAAUAGUGUUAGGUUACGUUAGAUUUUUAAAAUGGACUGACAAAAGGCCAGUAUGUAUGCUAGUUAUUUCCAAAAAUCAUAGGUGUGUUAUAACGUUGAGAUAAAAUAAUAUACACCUAUUUUGUACUACCAAUUUUGUGAAAUAUGUACAUGUGUGACCCAUCGCGAUGUACGCCGCCCCACGGAACAAACUCGAGUGACCCAUCGGUAGUGCACGCCGCCUCACGG